CAACCAAAUAUGCCGGUCAAGGAAUAGAAAUGGCCGGUGCAAAAUUAAAAGAUGGUUCUCAAUAUUUAAAUACUUGGGCCACUAAUUCUUUGCGAAAAGAAGAAUAUCGGGACUUAUAUUUUGCUGAACCUUAUACUUUUUCAGAAAAGAUGCAAUUACAAAGACAAAACCAAGAAUUAAGAAAGCAAAUUUUAGAAAAUAAAAUAAGCGAAUUAAAAAAACUAACCGAAGAAGCCAUAACAGAGGACACUAUGGAUGGCUAUUAUAAUUUACUAAAAACUUUCAGAAAAAGUAUUGAGGAAUUAGUGAAAUUGAAAGGGAAUGAGGAUAACGCUAACAAUUUCCUAGCCCGAAUGACAGGGGCUGAAUUUAAAAAAGAAAGCAUUAGAUUAGAAAAAAACGACCAAAAAGGCGAACAGGAUCAUAAGCAAAACGAGAAAAGAAUAAAGCAGUUAGAAGCCAAAAAUGGAGACGGGCAGCAUCAAAUAGAUGAAUUAAAAGAAGAAGCGGAAGAGUUAAAGAAUAUUAUUAAAAAAUGCCAAAAAAAUUGUAAAAAUGAAAAAAGAAUAAUGGACACAAAAGGACAAUUCAAAAUAACCGACAAAGAAAAAUUAAAAACCAAUUCACUUUUUACCAUAGUUCCUGCUACAGAAAAAUCCGCAGAACACAUUAGCAAACUUUAUAAAACAAUUGACUAUUUACAAGAGAUAAUAAAUAAAUUAGAAGCAGAAAAUAGGAAUUUGCAAGAAAGAUUAAAUAAAUAUGAACCAAUACCGGAAAAGAUGAAGAAAAUUGAGGAGUUGGGUGAGAAAAUAAAAGAAUUAGAAAGGAAAUUAGAUAAAGCUUGCCAACAUGGAAACGAAAUGGAUGAUUGUGGAGAAUGUUUAGAACCAAAAGGAGAAAUAGAAGGUGCCGAGUGUGACCGGUGUGGCAAAUGCCUAAAACCUUCUGACCUGAAAAAACAAAGGGCAAAGAAUAGAACAGUAAAAAAUAAUAUUCCGACUUACUCCGACCAAGGAAUACCCACGCCCCCACCAACUCCACCUUUAAAACCCGUUAAGGAUAAUAUUUCUCUAACUGACCCUGAAAACAUUCGCAACCCCAACUUUAACCCUCAUAUUGGCAAAGUUAAAGAACUCCAACAGCAAGUAAAAUUUCAUGCUAACCAGGCUCAAACAUACUUAAUUAAUUUACAAAAACUAACCGCUGAAAAUGAUCUGUUAGAAGAGAAAGUAAAAAAAGGAGUAAAUUAUCAACUAGCCCAGGCUCUAAAAGAGGCUAAUGAGAAAAUAAGAGAACUAGAAGCAGGUAUUAACAAAUCUAAUACUCUGAUUAACGUAAAGGAUGAGACAAUAUCCUUGUACGAGGAAAUUAUAAAUGAAUUAGGCGGCAAAAAAGGAGCAAACAACCAAAAGCACAGAAGUCAAAUUUUUUCUCGCCUAUUGGCUUCUAAUUUGCCAUCCAAAAAAAUAAAAGAAAAAAUAGAUCAUACUCCCGAGCAAUUGUCCCGAGAAAGACACGAAAAUAAGCAGAAUGCUCAAAAAGAAUUGAAAAAUAAGGAGGCUGAAAUAACAAUAUUAAAAAGCCAAGUAACUGAAUUAGGAGGAACGGCCGGUGCAAAUCCUAGUGAAAAACUAAUCGAAAGCAAACUACGGGAGGUAGUAGUAGCCAAAGAUUGA